GUCGAAAUUGCAAACAGCCGCUUGAAAAAAAUUGAAAAUCUUGACAGGCUGCGUCGUGUUGAGAAAUUAUGCCUUCGUCAAAAUUUAAUUAAGCGUAUCGAAGCCAUUGAUAUGCUAACAACGCUUACUGAGUUGGAUCUAUAUGAUAAUCAAUUGGAAAAAAUUGAAAAUAUUGACACUUUGGUCAAUCUUAGACAGCUUGAUCUAUCGUUCAAUGGAAUAAAAAAAAUUGAAAACCUCCAUCAACAGGAUAAAGUUGAAGACUUAUAUCUGUGUAAUAACAGAAUUAAAGUUAUUGAAAAUUUAGAGAACUUAAAAGAAUUAAAGAUGCUGGAGCUUGGAUCCAAUAAGAUUAGGAAAAUCGAGGGUUUUCAAAAUUUGCAAAAUCUAACAUCUUUGUACUUGGGCCGUAAUAAAAUUGCAUCCUUUGAGGGAAUUUGCUGUCUGCGUGGAUUGAAAACUCUCAGUAUCCAGUGCAAUCGUAUUGAAUCAUUGCUCGGAUUAUCAGAAUUGGUCAAUUUAGAGGAACUAUAUGUCAGCGAUAAUGGUAUUAAAACUAUAGAAGGACUGGAAAAUCUGACGAAAUUGACUAUUCUCGAUGUAGCUGCCAAUCGUAUCAGUAAAAUUCAGAAUCUUGGUCAUUUAACAUUACUAGAGGAGCUUUGGAUGAACAAUAAUCAAGUUCAAGAUUGGAACGAUGUUAAGGAGCUCGAUAACUGCAAAAAAAUUAAGACGAUCUACUUAGAAGCAAAUCCAAUUGCUUCUGAUCCCAUGUAUAGGCGAAAACUUAAACUGGCUUUGCCGUCACUUACGCAGAUUGAUGCAACUCUUAUCAUAUAA